UCAUGCAGCCACAAGCGCAGGGAUCUAUUGGGACUCCGACGAAAGAAACACGUUUUACCUUUUAAUUUCUCCUUUUAGUUUGGCACGGAAUGAGCUGAGAGGACGCAUCUGGUGCAGCGCUUCUUCUGUGCAACUGGACGAUUCUGGUGGCAUGGUGUGGUAACAGGGAGACCCCGACAAGCACAGAUAUAGAGGUUACACUGUGCAUCAUGUUUGAAUGCAGAUAAUCAAUUAGAAAUAUACAUGAUUGUGCUGCUGCAGUGCUCAUAGCCUCAUUGGCUGUAGCAAGUCUCCUUUUGUUACAGAAGCCCGUUUGAAGCGGCCACCGUGCGCCAGAUUGACGGUGCAACUUAACGGACAAUCGCACCCCGGACCAUUGAGAGGGUUCGGAUGAGGUGGCUGAUCGGGCUGUUUGGUUCCAGAAAGCCAGCCAACUUUACAUCUAUUCCUUUCUUACAGCAGUGCCAUCGGGCAUUGCUCAAGAGAUGGCAAUGAGGUUGUUCUUCUUGGGAUUUAUACUCAGCUUGGAGAUAAUUUCUCCUAACGGUGUAACCAUAGGUCCUAAACCAGAUGACCUGUCCAAGACUUGCAACCCUAAGCAGUUUGUGUGUAAGGACCAGGUGACCUGUAUUUCCAAAGGCUGGCGUUGCGAUGGGGAAAAGGACUGUCCAGAUGGCUCAGAUGAAUCACCAGAUAUCUGCUCACACAACAGGGCGAACCAGUGUCCUGUUAAUGAACAUGGGUGCCUGGAUCUCGAUGUGUGCAUCCAUAUGAGCAAACUGUGCGAUGGAGUUCCUGAUUGUUCUGAUGGCUGGGAUGAGGGGCCACACUGCAGAGAAAAAGCACCAGACUGUGCCUCCCAUGGGUGCCAGUACCAUUGUGCAGUGACUCACGAUGGACCUCGUUGCUAUUGUAGACAUGGUUACGAGGUUGCUGCAGAUGGAAAAACAUGUAAAGAUUUCAAUGAGUGCGGUGUGUAUGGAACUUGCAGUCAGACAUGCACAAACACUGAUGGAAGCUACACCUGCAGCUGUGUAGAGGGCUACCUGCUGCAACCAGACAAUCGCUCCUGCAAAGCCAAAAAUGAACCAGUGGAUCGUCUACCUGUUCUCUUGAUUGCUAACCUCCAUGAUAUCCGAUGCACCUCCCUGAGUGGGUCCACAUCACGGCUCCCCUCUAUCCCCACCAAGCAGACAAUGGCUAUGGACUUUAUCUAUGCUGAAGAGACUGUUUGCUGGAUUGAUGUAGGCGAAACUCCUGCUGCCACCCAGCUAAAGUGUGCCAGCAUCCAAGACUUGAAGACAGUCAGUAACAUCCGCACCAUUAACAUCACUCUCAGUUUGCACCAUGUUGAGCAGAUGGCUAUAGACUGGCUCACGGGAAACUUCUACUUCGUUGAUGAUGUGGAUGACCGGGUUUUUGUCUGCAACAAGAAUGGCCAGACUUGUGUGACCCUGUUGGACCAAGAGCUGUACAACCCUAAAGGCAUUGCCUUGGACCCAACUAUGGGUAAAGUGUUCUUCACUGACUACGGGUCUACGCCAAGGGUGGAACGCUGUGACAUGGAUGGUCAGAAUCGGACAAAGCUUGUAGAUAGUAAGAUUGUCUUCCCUCAUGGUAUCACUCUGGACCUGGUUAGCCGACUGGUGUACUGGGCUGACGCCUACCUGGACUACAUCGAAGUGGUCGACUAUGAGGGGAAAAACCGACACACCAUCAUCCAGGGUCUGCUGAUUGAGCACCUAUAUGGUCUUACUGUAUUUGAGAAUUAUCUUUAUGCUACAAACUCUGAUGAAGGCAACCUCAACCCCAAAACCAGUGUGAUUCGAGUGAACCGUUUCAACAGCUCCGACUUCCAGGUGGUGACUCGUUUAGACCGGGGAGCUGCACUGCAUGUGUAUCACCAGCGACGGCAGCCUCAAGUGCGCAGCCAUGCAUGUGCCUUGGAUCAGUUUGGGAAGGCCGGAGGUUGCUCUGACAUUUGUCUACUAAGCAAUAGUCACAAAACCCGUACCUGUCGUUGUCGCUCUGGAUUCAGCCUCGGCAGUGAUGGCAAGUCUUGCAAGAAACCAGACCAUGAGUUGUUCUUGGUGUAUGGUAAGGGCCGUCCUGGAAUCAUCAGGGGAAUGGAUAUGAAUGCUAGGGUCCCUGAUGAGUACAUGAUUCCUAUUGAGAACCUGAUGAACCCCCGAGCUUUGGAUUUCCAUGCCGCCAGUGAAUUCAUCUACUUUGCUGAUGCCACCAGCUACAUUAUUGGCCGACAGAAGAUAGAUGGCACAGAGAGAGACACCAUUCUAAAGCAUGGUAUUCACACAGUAGAGGGGAUAGCUGUAGACUGGAUGGGAGGUAAUCUGUACUGGACAGAUGAUGGGCCUAAGAAGACUAUCAGCGUUGCCAGGCUGGAAAAAGCUUCACAGACCCGCAAGACUCUAAUUGAGGGAAAGAUGAGCCACCCUCGUGCUAUUGUUGUGGACCCACAGCAUGGAUGGAUGUACUGGACUGACUGGGAGGAGGAUCCCACAGAGAGCAACAGAGGAAAGAUCAAAAAAGCUUGGAUGGACGGUUCACAUCACCAAGUCUUCCUGACCAGCAAAACAGUACUAUGGCCCAAUGGCUUGAGCCUGGACAUUCCUCAGGGCAUCUUGUACUGGGUGGAUGCUUAUUACGAUCGAAUUGAGAUGGUUUAUCUCAACACCACAGAGCGGAAGGUUGUUUAUGAAGGCCAGGAGCUUAACCAUGCCUUUGGUUUAUGCCAUUACAAACAAUUUCUCUUUUGGAAUGAGUACCGGGGUGGCAGCAUUUUCAAACUGGACCAGGUCACUAAGACUGUCACUUUACUCCGCAAUGAGAGACCACCAAUAUUUGAGAUUAGAGUGUAUGAUGCACACCAGCAGCAGGGCUCCAAUGCAUGUCGAAUAAACAAUGGUGGCUGUAGCAGUCUGUGCCUUGCUAUUCCUAACGGCAGAUCCUGUGGAUGUGCUGAUGACCAAAUCCUCAAUGAUGAUAAUGCCACUUGCAAAGCCAAUCCCUCCUACGUUCCCCCGCCCAAGUGCCAGCCUGGGGAGUUUGCCUGCAAGAACAGCCGCUGCAUUCAAGAACGCUGGAAAUGUGAUGGGGACAAUGAUUGUCUGGACAACAGCGAUGAGGACCUUGAGCUUUGCCAUCAGCACACCUGCCCAGCUGAUCGAUUCAAAUGCAAGAACAAUCGCUGUAUCCCUCUGCGAUGGCUGUGUGAUGGUGACAAUGACUGUGGCAAUGAUGAGGAUGAAUCCAACACCACCUGCUCUGCUCGCACAUGCCCUCCAAGCCAGUACCCAUGUGCCAGUGGACGCUGUAUCCCUAUCUCCUGGACAUGUGACCUGGAUGAUGACUGUGGAGAUCGCUCAGACGAACCAGACUCCUGUGCCUAUCCAACAUGCUUCCCUCAAACCCAGUUCACCUGUGCCAAUGGCCGAUGCAUUAAUAUCAAUUGGCGCUGUGAUAACGACAAUGACUGCGGGGAUAACAGUGAUGAAGCAGGCUGUAGCCAUUCUUGUUCCAGUGUGCAGUUUAAAUGUAACAGCGGCCGCUGCAUCCCAGAGUACUGGACCUGCGAUAGCGACAAUGACUGUGGAGACUACAGUGACGAGACUCAUGCCAACUGUACCAACCAGACAACCCGCCCUCCUGGUGGCUGCCAUGUGGAUGAGUUUCAGUGUCGGAUAGAUGGCCUAUGCAUUCCUAUGCGCUGGCGCUGUGAUGGCGACACAGACUGUAUGGAUCUUAGUGAUGAGAACAACUGUGAGGGUGUCACCCACAUGUGUGACUCUGAAGUCAAGUUCAGCUGCAGAGAUUCUGCUCGCUGCAUCAGCAAGGCUUGGGUGUGUGAUGGUGAUAGUGACUGUGAGGACAACUCUGACGAGGACAACUGCGAGGCGUUGGUGUGCAAGUUAUCUCAUCACAUGUGUGCUACCAACGACUCCAUCUGCCUGCCUGCUGAGAAACUGUGUGAUGGCACCGACGAUUGUCCCGAUGGCUCUGAUGAGAAACUUUGCGACUUGUGCUCAUUGGACAACGGGGGAUGUAGUCACAAUUGCAGCAUCAUUCCUGGGGAAGGCUUUAUGUGCUCUUGUCCCUUGGGCAUGGAGCUGGGAGCUGACAACAAGACCUGCCAGAUCCAGAGCUUUUGUGCCAAACAUCUUAAAUGUAGCCAGAAGUGCGAGCAGGAGAAAUCCAGCGUCAAGUGCUCCUGCUAUAAAGGCUGGGAGCUGGAGGCCGAUAUGGAGAGUUGCAAAAGCACAGAUCCUUUCAAGCCUUUCAUAAUCUUCUCCAAUCGACAUGAGAUAAGGAGGAUUGACCUUCACAAGGGGGAGUUCAGUGUACUCGUACCAGGUUUGAGAAACACCAUUGCCUUGGACUUCCACCUCAACCAGAGUACCCUUUAUUGGACGGAUGUUGUGGAGGACAAGAUCUAUCGUGGGAAAUUGUCUGAAAAUGGAGCCCUGACCAGUUUUGAGGUGGUGAUCCAGUAUGGGUUGGCUACGCCAGAGGGCCUAGCUGUUGACUGGAUAGCAGGAAACAUCUACUGGGUGGAGAGCAAUCUGGACCAGAUUGAGGUGGCCAAAUUGGAUGGAACCAUGAGAACCACCCUGUUGGCUGGGAAAGUGGAGCAUCCAAGGGCCAUUGCCUUAGACCCUCGUGAUGGUAUCCUGUUUUGGACAGACUGGGAUGCUAGUCUGCCCAGGAUAGAGGCAGCCUCUAUGAGCGGGGAAGGCAGACGCACCAUCCACAAGGAGACAGGAAGUGGCGGCUGGCCCAAUGGGCUCACUGUAGACUAUAUGGAAAGACGUAUAGUCUGGAUUGAUGCCAGGUCGGAUGCUAUCUACUCUGCGAUGUAUGACGGCUCCGGACUGAUUGAAGUGCUGCGGGGUCAUGAAUAUUUGUCUCACCCCUUUGCUGUCACCAUGUAUGGAGGGGAGGUCUAUUGGACAGACUGGAGAACUAACACACUGGCCAAAGCCAACAAAUGGACUGGGCACAAUGUCACCGUAGUCCAGCGCACCAACACACAGCCCUUUGACUUGCAGGUCUAUCACCCAUCCAGACAACCUCAGGCUCCCAAUCCAUGUGCCACUAGUGAUGGAAAAGGCCCUUGCUCCCACCUGUGCCUCAUCAACUUUAACCAGAGCUUCUCCUGUGCAUGCCCCCACCUCAUGAAGCUGCAGCCUGACAAGCGCACCUGCAAAGAGUCCCGCAAGUUCCUUCUUUAUGCUCGCCAGAUUGAGAUCCGAGGUGUAGACAUAGACAACCCCUACUACAACUAUAUCAUCUCCUUCACUGUGCCGGACCUUGACAAUGUGACAGUGGUGGAUUAUGAUGCUGUUGAGCACCGUAUUUACUGGUCAGAUGUACGAACACAGACCAUCAAAAGAGCUUUCAUUAAUGGCACAGGGGUGGAGACAGUUGUUUCUGCUGACCUUCCUAAUGCCCACGGGCUGGCAGUCGACUGGGUUUCCAGAAACCUCUUCUGGACCAGCUAUGAUUCUAUUAAGAAGCAGAUUAAUGUGGCAAGGCUGGAUGGAUCCUUCAAGAACGCAGUCAUCCAGGGAUUAGACAAGCCCCACUGCCUGGUGGUUCAUCCUCUACUAGGAAAGCUUUACUGGACUGAUGGUGACAGCAUAAACAUGGCUAACAUGGAUGGUAGUAACAGGACAGUACUCUUCACUGAUCAGAAAGGCCCAGUGGGCUUGUCUAUUGACUAUGAAAAGGAGCAGCUAUAUUGGAUCAGCUCUGGAAACGGCACCAUAAACCGGUGUCAGCUGGAUGGAUCUAAAUUUGAGAUUCUAGAAAGUGCCAAAGGAAAACUUACCAAGGCUACAGCACUAGCUAUUAUGGGUGACAAGCUAUGGUGGGCUGACCAGGGAACUGAUCAAAUAGGAACGUGUGAGAAAAAGGAUGGUGGAAAUUGGAAAGUUUUGCGAAACAACACCUCUCCCAUGAUGCACAUGAGGAUUUAUGAUGAGGAUGUGCAGAAAGGUAUCAAUCUGUGUAGUAACAACAAUGGUGACUGCUCACAGCUGUGUCUGCCCACCUCUCCAACUACCAGAUCCUGCAUGUGCACUGCUGGAUACAGCCUCAAAACAGGACAACAGUCCUGUGAGGGUAUGGGCUCUUUCUUGCUUUACUCUGUCCACGAGGGAAUCAGAGGAAUUCCACUUGACCCAGCAGAUAAGUCUGAUGCCUUGGUGCCAGUGUCUGGCACCUCUCUGGCUGUCGGCAUUGACUUCCAUGCUGAGAAUGACACAGUCUACUGGGUGGAUAUGGGCCUAAGCACCAUCAGCAGAGCUAAGAGAGAUCAGACUUGGAGAGAGGAUGUGGUAACUAAUGGCAUUGGCAGGGUGGAGGGCAUCACUGUUGACUGGAUAGCAGGAAAUAUUUACUGGACUGACCAGGGCUUUGAUGUGAUUGAGGUGGCAAGGCUGAAUGGCUCAUUCCGCUAUGUGGUCAUUUCCCAAGGUCUGGACAAACCCAGAGCCAUAACUGUCCAUCCAGUAAAAGGGUAUUUGUUCUGGACAGAGUGGGGUCAGUAUCCUCGUAUUGAACGCUCUCUCUUGGAUGGCUCCCAGAGGUUGGUCAUGGUCAAUGUGAGCAUCAGUUGGCCAAAUGGAAUCUCCAUUGACUACGAGGAGGGUAUGCUGUAUUGGUGCGAUGCCAGAACAGACAAGAUUGAGCGCAUUAACUUGGAGACUGGAGAGAACAGGGAGCUGGUGCUGGCCAACAACAAUAUGGACAUGUUUGCUGUUUCUGUGUUUGAGGAAUACAUCUAUUGGAGUGACAGGACUCAUGCCAAUGGCUCCAUUAAGAGAGGCAACAAAGACAAUGCUACAGAUGUUGUGCAGCUCAGGACAGGCAUUGGUGUCCAACUAAAAGACAUCAAGGUUUUUAACAGGGUCAGGCAACAGGGCACAAACAUCUGCAAAAACAACAAUGGUGGCUGUGAACAGCUGUGUCUUUAUCGUGGAAACAAGGAGCGCACCUGCGCCUGUGCGCAUGGCAUGCUGGCUGAAGACAACCGCAGCUGCCGCGACUAUGACGGAUACCUGCUAUACUCUGAGCGCACCAUACUGAAAAGCAUUCACCUGUCCAAUGAAACAAACCUCAAUGCACCAAUAAAGCCGUUUGAGGACCCCGACCACAUGAAGAACGUCAUCGCCCUCAGCUUCGACUACCACGGCGGUGGAGGGAAAGGAGCCAACCGCAUCUUCUUCAGUGACAUUCACUUUGGCAACAUUCAGCAGAUUAACGAUGAUGGUACAGAUCGCAAGAUUGUUGUGGACAAUGUUGGGUCAGUUGAGGGCCUGGCAUACCAUCGAGCUUGGGAUACACUCUACUGGACCAGUUAUACAACCUCCACCAUCACUCGGCACACUGUGGAUCAGAGUCGCUCUGUGGCGUAUAACCGCAACACUGUAGUCACUAUGUCCGGAGAAGACCAUCCCAGAGCCUUUGUGCUGGACGAAUGUCAGGAUCUCAUGUUCUGGACCAACUGGAAUGAGCAGUCUCCAAGCAUCAUGAGAGCCUCUCUAAAUGGAGCCAAUGUGAUUGUGAUUGUUGGGAGUGACAUUAAAACUCCCAAUGGCCUGGCCAUAGAUCACCGUGCUGAGAAACUCUACUUCUCUGACGCUACGCUCGACAAGAUUGAACGUUGCGAAUAUGAUGGAAGCAACCGUUAUGUUUUGCUGAAGAAUGAGCCUGUCCAUCCGUUUGGUCUGGCUGUGUAUGGACAUUACAUCUUUUGGACGGACUGGGUGAGGAGGGCGGUCCUUAGAGCUGACAAGUACACAGGAGGAGAAAUGAAAGUGCUGCGUGCCGACAUCCCUCAGCAGCCUAUGGGCAUCAUUGCAGUGGCUAAUGACACCAACAGCUGUGAGUUUUCUCCUUGCCGAGCAAAUAAUGGAGGUUGCCAAGACCUUUGUCUUCCUACAUCUUAUGGACGGGUCAACUGCAGUUGUCGUGGAGAUAGACGUCUUCUUGAAGACAAUACCUGCGCUUCAUUGAAUAUGUCAUGUGGGAGUGUGGAUGACUUUGAAUGUGGAAACGGUGACUGCAUCAACUACAGCCUUACCUGUGACGGGAUGGCCCACUGCAAAGACAAGUCUGAUGAGAAGCAGUCCUAUUGUGCCAAUCGCAUUUGUAAGAAGGGCUACAGACGCUGUAUAAAUGGCCGCUGUAUUGGCCACCAGUUCUGGUGUGAUGGCACAGAUGACUGCGGGGACCAUUCAGAUGAACUGCCCUGCAACAUGACACUGUGCAAAGCAGGAGAGUUCCAAUGCAAAGAUGGAAGCUGUAUCUCCAACUACAGUCGCUGUGACCAGGUCAUCAACUGUGAGGAUGCGAGUGAUGAAAUGAACUGCCAACCUACUGAUUGCUCUAGAUUUUUCCGCCUUGGAGUUAAAGGAGCCUCCUUUCAGAGCUGUGAAAAAACCACUCCUUGCUAUCUGCCCCAGUGGGUGUGUGAUGGCAGCAAUGAUUGUGGAGACUUUUCUGAUGAGAGAAACUGCCCAGAUAAACGGAAGCAUAACUGUCCAGUCAACUUCUUCGCUUGUCCCAGCGGACGCUGCAUCCCUAUGAGCUGGACCUGUGAUAAGGAGAGUGACUGUGAGAAUGGUGCUGAUGAGACACAUUGUGAUAAAUUUUGUACAUCAACCCAGUUUGAAUGUGGCAACCACCGCUGCAUUUCAAGCCACUGGGUGUGUGAUGGCUCUGAUGACUGUGGUGAUGGCUCUGAUGAAGACCAGAAAUGUAAAUCCAAGACCUGCAGUCCUGAAGCUUUUCAGUGUCCAGGCUCUCAUAUGUGUGUGCCUCAACGCUGGAAGUGUGAUGGAGAUAAAGACUGUCCAGAUGGAGCUGAUGAGAGUGUCAAAGCUGGCUGCAUGUACACCAACAAUACCUGUGAUGUCAAGAAUGAGUUCAUGUGCCAGAACAGACAGUGUAUCCCCAAGCACUUUGUGUGUGAUCAUGAUAUCGACUGCUCUGAUGGGUCAGACGAAUCCCCAGAAUGUGAAUACCCAACAUGUGGUCCAGAGGAAUUUCGUUGUUCCAAUGGCCGUUGCCUCAACCAGAAGAGCUGGGAGUGUGAUGGAGAGUUUGACUGUCAAGAUCGUUCUGACGAAGCUCCCAAAAACCCUCGCUGCACAGACUCUGAGAGAACCUGUAAUGAAUCGGCUUUCAUGUGCCGCAAUGGGAAGUGUUUAAAUGAGACUCUGCUGUGUGACCGCAAUGAUGACUGUGGUGAUGGCUCUGAUGAGCUCAACUGUUUCAUCAACGAGUGUCUCAAUAGUAAACUGAGUGGCUGCUCGCAGCUCUGUGAUGACCUCAAGAUUGGCUUCAAGUGCAGGUGCCAUCCUGGCUUCCACCUGAAACGCAAUGGGAAGACGUGUGUGGAUAUAGAUGAGUGCACAACGACCUACCCGUGUUCUCAGCACUGCCUCAACACACAUGGCAGCUUCCACUGUCUCUGUGUGGAUGGUUUUGAAGUCAGCCCCAAUGACCCCACUAUCUGCAAGUCCACAUCCGAAGUGGAGCCCUACUUGAUCUUUGCCAACCGUUACUACCUGAGAAAACUUAACCUGGAUGGAUCCAACUACACUCUUAUAAAGCAGGGUCUCAAUAAUGCAGUAGCACUGGACUUUCACUAUGCAGAGCAGAUGAUCUACUGGACAGAUGUGACCACUCAGGGCAGCAUGAUACGACGCAUGCGCAUGAAUGGCAGUAACAUGGAGGUUUUGCACAGAACAUCCCUGAGUAAUCCAGACGGUUUGGCAGUGGACUGGGUUGGUGGAAACUUAUACUGGUGUGACAAAGGCCGAGACACUAUUGAAGUAUCAAAGCUGAACGGGGCCUACAGGACUGUGCUGGUUAACAGUGGCCUUAGGGAACCGCGGGCUGUAGCUGUGGACGUACGCUAUGGGUACCUUUACUGGUCUGACUGGGGUGACAACCCCCACAUUGGGAGAGUUGGGAUGGACGGCACUAAUAGAAGUGUCAUCAUAAAGGAUAAGAUUACUUGGCCAAAUGGACUAACUCUGGACUUCAUCAAUGACCGAAUAUACUGGGCAGAUGCAAGAGAGGACUACAUCGAGUUUGCCAGCCUGGACGGCUCUAACAGACACACAGUUCUUAGCCAAGACAUCCCUCACAUUUUUGCCAUGACACUGUUUGAGGAGUUCAUCUACUGGACCGACUGGGAGACAAAGUCCAUCAACAAAGCUCAUAAGACUUUGGGUACCAACAAGACCACCCUGAUCAACACCCUGCAUCGACCCAUGGACAUUCACAUUUACCAUCCUUACCGCCAGCCAGAGGUGCUCAAUCACCCUUGCCAGACGAACAAUGGCGGCUGCAGUAACCUCUGUCUUCUCUCACCUGGAGGUGGCUAUAAGUGUGCCUGUCCCACUAACUUCUAUCUGGCCAAUGAUCAGCGUACUUGCAUGUCCAACUGUACAGCCAGCCAGUUUGUGUGCAAGAAUGACAAGUGCAUUCCUUUCUGGUGGAAAUGUGACACUGAGGAUGACUGUGGCGACCGAUCAGAUGAGCCAGCAGACUGCCCAACGUUCAAAUGCAGGCCAGGACAGUUUCAGUGUAGCACUGGUCUGAUCUGUACCAACCCUGCAUACAUCUGUGAUGGAGACAAUGACUGCCAGGACAAUUCAGACGAGGCCAACUGUGAUAUUCAUGUUUGCCUGCCCAGCCAGUUCAAGUGUUCCCAUCCAAACCGCUGCAUCCCAGGCAUCUUCCGUUGUAACGGCCAGGACAACUGUGGAGAAGGGGAGGAUGAAAAGGACUGCCCUGAGGUUACAUGUGCACCCACCCAGUUCCAGUGUGCUAUCACCAAACGCUGCAUACCCCGCCUCUGGGUGUGUGACCGGGACAACGACUGUGUGGACGGAUCUGAUGAACCUGCCAACUGCACCCAGAUGACUUGUGGUGUAGACGAAUUUCGAUGCAAAGACUCAGGACGUUGCAUUCCUGCUCGCUGGAAGUGCGAUGGCGAGGAUGACUGUGGUGACGCGUCAGAUGAACCAAAAGAAGAGUGUGCUGAGAGAACAUGUGAGCCUUACCAGUUCAGAUGUAAGAAUAACCGCUGCGUACCAGGACGCUGGCAGUGUGACUAUGACAAUGACUGUGGAGACAACUCUGAUGAAGACAAAUGUAUGCCUCGACAAUGUUCAGAAAGUGAGUUUGCCUGCAAAAAUGGCCGCUGUAUUGCUGGGAGAUGGAAGUGUGAUGGAGAUCACGACUGUGCUGAUGGAUCUGACGAGCAUGGCUGUGAUCUGAAGUGUGACAACGACCAGUUCCAGUGUAAGAACGGACACUGUAUUCCAAUCCGCUGGCGAUGUGACGCCGACCCUGACUGCAUGGACGGCAGCGACGAGGAGAACUGUGGUGGUGCUGCUGAGCGUCACUGCCCUGUGGAUGAGCUCCAGUGUAACAAUACUCUGUGUAAACCACACGCCUGGAAGUGUGAUGGAGAGGAUGAUUGUGGAGACAAUUCUGAUGAGAAUCCAGAAGCAUGCAGAAAGUUCCUGUGUCCACCCACCAGAGUGUUCCGCUGCCAAAAUGACCGUGUGUGUUUACAAAUGUCAAAGAGGUGUGAUGGUGUUGAUAACUGUGGUGACAACUCAGAUGAACUGAACUGCGAGGCUGCUCCAGGUACUCCCACAUGUGAAAAGGAUGAGUUCUUGUGCUCUAAUGGUCGAUGCAUCAGCUCUACUCUGCGCUGUAACUUCUUCAAUGAUUGUGAAGACUAUGGCUCUGAUGAAAUCAAGUGCAAGACAGACACAAAGCUGAAUGACUGUCGGAAUAACAGGACACAGUGUGGCGACGGAGACGAGGCCCACUGCGUCACCAAUGGCACAGACUCCUUCUGCUCCUGCAAACCAGGUUUUGAGAAGAUAGGACACCACACCUGUGGAGAUAAGAAUGAGUGUCUUCAGUUUGGAGUGUGUUCUCAAAUCUGUAACAACACCAAAGGCUCCUAUAAAUGCAGCUGCCAUAAGUAUUUUACCAGGAUCCAUAACACCUGCAAGGCUGACAACAGGAACAGCAGUGGACAAAUUCUCUAUAUAGCUGAUGACAAUGAAAUCCGGAGCUUGGACCCUGGUAUGCAGCACUGGCGUUACGAGCAAACCUUCCAGGGCGAUGCCAGUGUACGCAUCGAUGCUAUGGAUCUUCAUGUCAAGACAAACCGCAUCUUCUGGACCAAUUGGCACACCGGCCGCAUCUCAUCUUAUGAACUCCCCGAGCCAUCCACAGCAUUACCUUCCACAAACUCUCACCGAAACAGACGCCAGAGCGAAGGCAGGAUUACCAACCUGCAGAUCAAGGAGCUGAAGAUGCCCCGUGGCAUAGCUGUGGAUUGGGUGGCAGGUAACCUGUACUGGACCGACUCAGGUCGAGAUGUAAUUGAAGUGGCUCAGAUGUCAGGCCAGCAUUGCAAGACUCUCAUCUCUGGCAUGAUAGAUGAGCCUUAUGCUAUUGUAGUGGACCCACAGAGAGGGACCAUGUACUGGGCAGACUGGGGAAACCAUCCUAAAAUUGAGACUGCUGCGAUGGAUGGCACUCUGAGACAAACUUUAGUCCAUGAGAACAUCCAGUGGCCUACAGGUUUGGCAGUGGACUACUUCAACGAGCGUCUUUACUGGGCUGAUGCUAAACUCUCAGUCAUUGGCAGUGUUCGUCUGGAUGGCAAUGAUCCAGUCAUCGCUGUCUCUAGCAUCAAAAACAACCUGCUCCAUCCCUUCAGCAUAGACAUCUUUGAGGACUACAUAUAUGGAGUCACAUACAUGAACAACUUUGUCUUCCGUGUCAACAAGUUUGGGAAAGGCCCUAUGGAGAAUCUCACCACAGGCAUCAAUCAUGCCACUGACAUAGUGUUGUACCACCGUUACAAGCAGCCUGAGAUGACUAACCCAUGUGACAAGAAAAAGUGCGAGUGGCUGUGUCUUCUCAGCCCCAGUGGACCAGUUUGCACCUGCCCAAAUAACUAUGUCGCUGACAAUGGCACAUGUGUGGAGAGAACGAGCCCCACCCAGUCACCGUUUUCUCCACCCUCAGGACCCUGCAGUAUUCAAUGUCAGAACGGCGGGAGCUGCUUCCUCAACGCCCGUCAGGUGGCCAAGUGCCGCUGUCAGCCCAGCUACACUGGCGAGCGAUGUGAAAUCAACCAGUGCAGAGACUUUUGCAAGAAUGGGGGUACCUGCACUGCUUCUCAUACAGGUGCACCAACUUGCAGAUGCCCUAAGGGCUUCACGGGACCCAAUUGUAACCUGCACACUUGCCAGGACUACUGCCUGAAUGGAGGCAACUGCUCUGUCAACAUGGGCAACCAACCAACCUGCAGCUGCCCGCCACAGUAUCGGGGAGACCAGUGCCAGUACAGUAAAUGUGAAGAUUUCUGCCAAAACAGUGGAACCUGCUUACAAACUUCCAAUGGCACCAAACUAUGUAAGUGUCACUCUCAGUAUAUGGGACACCAGUGUGAGCUGGACAAGUGUCAGUUCUGUGGAGUGGGCAAGUGCUUGAGGCCAAACUCAGGGGAAAUCUCAUGCAGCUGUCCCAAUGGUCAGACCCAGCCCAGCUGCUACACCUGUUUGGACUACUGCAUGCAUGGACAAUGUUCAGUUGACUCUCGCACACUGCUGCCUCAGUGCAGGUGUCCUGCUGGAUGGAUGGGAUACAGAUGUGAGGUUGCUUCAAGUAGAAGUAGUAGUACCGCCUCCAUCACCAUCCCAGUACUUCUGCUGCUGCUGCUGGCACUGCUGGUGGUCGGUGCCAUCUUGUGGUACAAGCGGAGAAUGCGCGGUGCAAAGGGCUUCCAGCAUCACCGAAUGACAAAUGGAGCCAUGAAUGUUGAGAUUGGGAACCCAGCAUAUAAAAUCUAUGAAGGAGAUCCUGAUGAUGAUGCUGGGGAGCUUCUAGAUUCAGACUUUGCUUUGGACCCAGACAAGCCCACCAACUUCACCAACCCAGUGUAUGCCACCCUGUACAUGGGUGCCCACAACAGCCGCAACUCUCUGGCCAGCACAGACGAAAAGAAGGAGCUUCUCUCCCAGGGUGACGAGGACAUGAGUGACCCACUGGCAUAGAGCUCAGCUUGGAUUGAACUCUGACAUCAUUGCCCUGCCUUUCCUAAACCAGUGCUGAGCCAACAAGCUCUCUCAUAUUAUGCCUUUACCGACUGAAAAGAAAAGCAACAAAAGAAAAAGGAAAAAAAAGCAAGAACACUGUAUAAAAUGUAUAAAUGAAGAACUACUUUUUUAAGUGAUUGCAGUAUUAUAUUUUGUUCUUUGACAAAACAAAAAAAAUCUCUGGUGAUGGAAAAGGAACCAUUUUAUAGACAUUCAUUCAAUUCUUUUUAAUUUCGCUCACCUCCUCACAACUCUCCCUCCUCUCUUACACAUAUAGCCACUACCUCUGUGCAAAUGUAAAAGAUAGAGAGAAACAAAUGGUUGUGGAACAAUUUUUUUAUUAUUAUUAUUAUUUUUGUAUGAAUUGUAUAGGAGAAAAGAGAGUAUUGCUCCAUCCUAGAAAAAGUUGCCAAGUCUUAUGUUCAUAAAAGAGAGAAGUGUCAGUGCUCACUAUGAAUGCUUCCUGGAUGCUGGUUCAGCUCAGUCAUUCCACUUUCUGUGCACAUGUAUGUUCGCUGCUGGUGGUCUACGGAGAGACCAAGACUCACAGGAAUGCGACGAUUAACUGCACAUGUAAACAUGAAGGACUCAGCAACUACAUUCAAGUGAUUGUCUUUUACCUCCUUGCACAGACUAAAGUUAUAUAUUUCCAUAUAUAUGAACCUAUUAACAAAGUGUCUUGAAAUUAUACCCAGGAAUACAAACAUCAGUAACAAAUAGCAGUCUGUACUUUUUAACCUUUUAUGGAUUUUUUUUUAUUUGUUUUUUUUUUUUAAUCAUUGUGUAAUUGACAUACUUUUUGUCAGCAAUGAAUGAGUCAAUGGCAGUGCGCGAGUGCAUGAAGAUGAUUGUAAUUAAGUCCACAUUCCAGGAUGAAAAGUCUGGGAUGGAUUUCCGUGGCCUUGGUUUAGCUUACUGCAGGGCACUCUGGACAGGAGCUAUGAAACUGCUUCAGAAUAUUCUCUAUGGGAGUGGAGGCGAGCGUCUGUGAAUUCACUGAAAACAAAUCGAUGACCAAUUAUUAGCAGAGAAUGGUUGCAUUUAGCUUUUGUUCAACGUCUUUUGAUUGUAAACAUACUUUUCAGGAAGGGACAGAAAGACCUAUUGAUGGUACAAACUUCUGUGGGAGAUUAAAAAUUCUUUUUUUUUUUUUUAUUUCUUUCCUCCGUCUGUACUUGCAUGUAAUUUAGGUUAAUGCUCAUUAAGUGCAUUCCCAGGAAGGAGACUGUUCAGCUUCCUGAUGAUCUUUCUUUUUAAACUUUUUAAAAUACUUUUUCUUUUGCUUUGCUGCUAACCAUCUAUCUGUCAGCCUGGUUUUUAGUCUUGACAGUGUUGGUCUCUGUUUUUCACUGCUCAGCACGCUGCUUUUAUCAGCCAUACCUGCCAUAUCACACUGCAUGGUGCUGUCACACAUCCUCGACCCAGAGAAAACUGUCUUCAACCCUCUCAUAUUAACAGUAUUCAUCACAUUCCUUUUUUUUUUUACCUUAAAAACAUUUUGCUCUGUUAAAAUUUCAAAUGACCAUGUAUAUUGGAGCAAUCAUGUUUCAGUUGGAGGAUUUCUUUUGGUGGCCAAAACCCACAUAUUUGUGGUUCUGAUUGUUUUGUUAUGAUUCCAUUUCUUUUUGAUAUAAGAAAUUAAAUGGAUUUUUAUAGUU